AUAAAAGUCCAAAAUAGAAACUCAAUUCAACAAUUCCAGGCUGCUGCCUGUCAACCCAUCCUCUUUCUUGUUCUCUCCUUUUUAAGACUCGGCCUACGCGUUCCCGCCGCCCAUUCUUCUUCUCCUUCUUCUUCUUCCUCUUCAUCUCCAUUUCCACUUAUGUUUAUUCUUCUUUAGUAAACAGAAAAAGGAACAAUAACAACUUUUAUUUUUAUUUUAAUGGCAAAAUCGAAGAACGUAUGCAACGCCAAGAAGCUAUCUUACAUUUCCGUUCCGUCUCAGAUAAUCAACUCUCUCUCCUCCUCUUCUCUUCAGUCCCUCCUGGUUUCCCCCAAGAGGAAUAACACCAACAGCUUCUUUUCCGUCUACAAACACUCAUGCAGAAGCCCAAGGGUCUGGUUGUUCGCUCUCUUCCUCUUCGGCCUUGUUGGCAUGUUGAGGUUGGGCUGGAAUAUUGAUACUUUGAUCCCAUUCUCUCCUUACCCCAACCCAUGUCUCCAAACUCAAUCAAACACUGACAGCGUUGCUCAAAAACACGACGCCUUGGUUGCUAAUACUAAUAAUCUCGGUCAACCCGCUCAUGAUUCACCCUCGGAAAUAGCCGAGUUUUGGAAGCAGCCUGAUGGGAUGGGUUACCGGCCGUGUUUGGACUUCAGUGCCGAGUAUCGAAGAACAAGCGAGGUCAUGAUUAAGGACCGGAGCAAGUACUUGUUGGUGGUUGUUUCCGGUGGCAUAAGUCAGCAAAGGAACCAAAUCGUUGACGCCGUUGUCAUCGCUAGGAUUCUUGGGGCUGCUUUGGUCGUUCCCAUCUUGCAAGUCAAUGUCAUCUGGGGUGAUGAAAGUGAAUUUUCUGAUAUAUUCGAUUUGGCUCAUUUCAAGAGUGUUCUUGCCAAUGAUGUUCGUAUAGUAUCUUCAUUGCCUUCUACCCAUGUAAUGACAAGGCCGGUAGAGGAGAAACGGACUCCACUCCACGUCUCCCCUCAAUGGAUUCGUUCACGUUAUCUAAAGCGGAUAAAUAGGGAAGGAGUUUUGCUUUUACGAGGUUUGGAUUCGAGGCUCUCUAAGGAUCUUCCGUCUGAUCUUCAAAAGCUUCGCUGCAAGGUGGCAUUUCAAGCUUUAAAAUUUGCUCCAUCAAUCCUUGAACUUGGUAACAAGCUGGCUCAGAGAAUGCAGAGUAAAGGACCCUACCUUGCUCUUCAUCUUCGUAUGGAGAAGGAUGUAUGGGUGAGGACUGGCUGCCUUCCAGGCUUGAGUAAAGAAUAUGAUGAGUUAAUCCAAAGCGAAAGGAGAAGACGCCCUGAGCUUCUUACUGCGAGAUCAAACAUGACAUUCCAUGAGCGGAAGCUUGCGGGACUCUGCCCCUUGAAUGCUAUUGAAGUGACUAGGCUGCUUAAAGCUUUUGGGGCUCCAAAGACUGCAAAAAUAUACUGGGCUGGGGGACAACCACUGGGUGGGAAAGAUGCCUUGUCACCUUUAACCAAAGAAUUUCCCCAUUUUUACAAUAAAGAUGAUCUUGCAUUGCCUGGCGAACUUGAACCAUUUGCUAAGAAGGCUUCUUUUAUGGCAGCCAUUGACUAUAUAGUUUCUGAGAAAAGUGAUGUUUUCAUGCCAUCCCAUGGUGGAAAUAUGGGCCACGCUAUUCAGGGACAGAGAGCGUUUUCAGGACACAAAAAGUAUAUAACUCCAAAUAAAAGACAUAUGCUUCCUUAUUUUCUGAACUCCUCAAUGCCCGAAGCAGAGUUCAACAGGAUCAUAAAAGAAUUACACCAUGAAUCUUUGGGACAACCAGAACUCAGGACCAGCAAAGCUGGAAGGGAUGUAACCAAGUAUCCGGUUCCAGAAUGUAUGUGCAAUGAUGCACAUUCCCACUCCAUUUGAUACAGAAAGCUUCCAACCCGAUAGCUAACAUUGCAAGAGUCUUCAUUGAGAAUCCAAAUUUCUCGGUGCUUCCCCGAAUACGAGCCCUUUGAAAAUGGAGAAUAAUGAUUUUUCAGGCACUGAUGAUUGUUGGGAGCGCCAUUUCAAUAAGGACCGCAGCCCUCACAAGCUUUUCUGCAAGCGUAUUGUAUUCCGGUCUUUGCAUAUACCAUCCUGCUUGCAUGUGUAUGUAACGUUUCAAAGGCAACAUAGAUGUUCACAUAUAAUGAGAGUAAGUAUAGUAUAUAAUUCUUUGAUUCUUUAAGAAUAUAUAUUUUUUAAGUCGUUGAAUAUAGGUACCUCAUCAUUAUACAUGUAUAUUUAUUAAUAAUAAAGAUUUUCUUCCUUGUAGAAA